UCAAGUGGCGACGAUAGUUCCUCGAGUGUUGGCUCUUCUACCUCGUCCGACGACGAUGAGGUGGGAGACAGCGACAGCUCUGGCCCCCUGUACACAUUACGCGCGCGCGUCUCGCAGCCGCUCAAGCAAAAAUUCGAGACAUUUGACGAGCUCAUCGAUGACGCUAUUAGAGACGAGAUGGAGGCCGCAGCAGGAGCAGGUAACGCAGGACGUGGCAAGGACAUCGGAAACAUCCUACACGCGGAACGCCAGGACGAAGAAGCUUUUCAGGAGCCAGCAGACGAUGACGCUGCAGACGAGGCAGACCGCAUGAGCGUUGAUGAAGAGGACGUGCAGCUAGCGGCCAAGAAGGAAACCAAGCAUGUUGAGUUUGCAGAUGAUAAAGUUAAUAAUGACGAGGAGGUGAAGACUGAAACUAAAAACGAUUUGCCGCACGAGACUGAACCGAAAGAAGAUAAAGAAGAGGAGGUUGCUGAGAAGAAAGUGGACUGCAAUAAGGAUGGAACUGAAGACGAUGAGGAUGAAGUUGUUGCUCCUAAGCGCAAGAAGAAGGUUGUCCUCAAGGACAGUGAAGAUGAAGGCGAGGACGACGGCGGCAACAGAGACUCUGACAAGUCGGCGUCAGAGUCUGACCAGGACGAGGAAGCGCCGAGAGGUCGCUCGAAGCAUCGUCAUCAGCAGGGACGCAACCGACGUGCGGCGUUCAGCUCGAUGGCGGCCACCAAGAAGAAAAGGCGCCUUACUGACCUUGAUGUUGAUGAGGAGGAUGACGAUGAUGACGAGGAUUUCAUGGGGUCCAGCAUGGAAGAGGAAGACAGCGACCUGUCAGCAGCGUCGUCCUCUUCCCUGGCGACGGAGACCGAGACGGACGACAGCGACGUCGUGGGGCCGCUCAGGAGCCGCGUGCUGCCCUUGCGACGCUCCGCCAGGAACCGCCGGGGCGAGUCUUCUGAUGAAGAUAGUGACCGAGGCCACCGCUACAAGAAGAAGAAAAGCAAGAAGAAGAAGAAGAAGCGCGAUGUCUCCUCCAGCGAAGAAGAGUUCAGCUCUGACGACAGCGAUUAUGGCAGCAAGAAGACGAAACGGAAAAAAUCCACGACGCGGCGUCCUUCAAAAAAGCGUGGCGGCAAGAAGAAGUCUGGUGGGGCUAAGAAGAAGACUAGUAAGAAGGGCGGGGUCAAAGUCAAAGCGAAAACUAAAGAAGUCUCUGCUGAUGGGGAAAAGCCUAAACCCAAACCGAAGGUGCGUUACUCGGCGCCCCCUGAGGAUGACGAGGAAGCAGGGUCGCGACGACGCGUGACGAGAGGCCGGCAGGUGCAUUACUUCGACCAUCUCAUGAUGACGGAGGACGAGGAGGAGGAAGACGAGACGCCCCGACGUGGCAAGGUGAUGAAGGGGGAACGCGUGGAGAGCGACAGCAGCGACUACCAGGACUCCGGGGACGAGCGCAUGAGGCGUCGAGGCGUUAGGGGCGGUCUUGGCAGAGGCAAAGUCAUGCCUGAUGAAGAUGAAAGCGAUGCAAAACCAACUCCGGAGAAGCCCAGCAAAUCCAAAAAGAAAUCAGUUGGGCCGCCCAAGAAAGACAAGCCACUUUCCGUCUUGAAGUCGGCCGAAAAAUCGACUGUCCCCGCCAAGGCUUCUUCUGCCAUUGUGAACACGGCGUCAGUUGACCAGUCUUCGUUGAUGGCUGGUGAGCUGGUGAAUCCCCCUGAUAAUUCUUCCUCUUCGUCAGCUGCGGCUGCUGCCAUUGCGAGUGCCAUAGUCGCCCAGGGAAGUACUCCUCAGUUACCAGCAAGCACAAGUAUCUCUGCGGUGCCGCCGUCAGGAUCUGCGAGUCCCGCCUCUAUCAUGACGGCGGCAGUUGAAGCCGCCACAAAGAAUGCUGAAAAGUUGGCCUCGAGUGGAGGGCUAAAAUCUCUUCCUCCUUCGCUCUCUGUACAUCCCAUUCUCCGAGGUAUGGCACCUAGCACUGCCUUGGGGCCUUCUCUAGCAACCACUAUGUCUUUAACUGCUCUUGCUGCUGCUGCUGCCACGCCUACGUCGAGUGGUUUACAUCAGGGGCUUAGCCCCAGUCAGCGAUGGCCACCUCAUCUCAAUACUUUGAAUGCCCUUGCAGAAAUAUCUGGUCAGCGCCUUAGUGCUCCUGGAGCUCAUGCUGGCUCUAAUCCACCUCCGUACGCUAACUUGAAUCAUCCUAGUAUUCCCCCUGCACUUUCUGUUAUUAGGAAACCUGGUCCUUUCAGUCAACCUCCACAUACUCUCGGCGCUCCACCUCUCACACUUGCCGGGUCUCAAUAUCAACCCGGAAGUCCUGGCAGAACAUCUGUGGCUGAAGGUAAGGCUGGCAGCGGUAAAGGAAACAAAAGUUCUAGUCUAGCUCCUGAAAUACCUCACUCAGCAAAUAUUCUUCUUGGUUCAGGGGGUGGUCCUGUCACAUUACCAAGUUCUAAGCCUCUUAGUUCUGGUCAACAUUCACCCGAUCUCUCAAAAAGCGUUAUUACGACCAACGUUGGACGAGCAGCCGCUUCAUCGCCCACUCCCGUGAGUCUGUCAUUAAGUUCAAGUCAGCCUGUGUCUACAACUGCUGCUGGGUCGAAGCCUCUCCCUACUGCAACUUUAAUUCCAGGAGGACUCGGCUCCCCAUACUCUCGGUUCCCCGAACAUUUUCCCGGUCAUUCCUCGUUUCCAGGCUAUCCUCCUAGAUUGCAUGGGCCAGCUCGACACCCUCCCCCCUUGCACGCUGCCCCAGGUCGCGCGCCCCUACCUCCUAGCAUGUACCCUGGCGUGCCCCAUGGUGCUUACCCACCAUUGCAGAGUCCUCAUCAUCCGGGGGUUCUGAGAGGACCUCAUGACCUCUACAAGCCACCGCCUCACCCCAGCCAUUCUUCCCCUAGCCAUCAUUCUCCUCACCCUCAACUGAUGAUGAAAAGUUAUCCCGGCAUGGAACAUCUCAACUAUCCCGGCUCCCCUGGCCGUCUUCAUUCCCCCCACGAAUCUCCUACCCCAAGUAGUCCUUUGGUUGGUGGUGAAGGCUCUGAAGAAUUAGAAAGGGUAGGACCGCCCCUGAAACGCCCUGACCGAGUCGAACCAAGCGAGUUUAGCAGCGGACUCAUGUCUUAUUUUUCGAGCCAGCGUGAGGAAGACAUGGAGUGAAACUUGGAAGUUUCCCGGUACCUGGCUACUCAUGUCUAUUAUGUGAACACUACGUCGUGAAUUAGGUUAUUGUUGCUCCAUAUACUUCACAUCUCCUUUGUACUUUGCAGCUUUUACUUUUUUAGUAGAAAAUUUUUUAUCUUUAACAUGCUUAGUCUUAAAGAAAUCCUGUACCUGCUACCUUGCAUUUUAUGUUUGAACAUUUUUAAAUGCUUGUUUCGACGCUUUCUCGCGGUUUUACUCCUAUGUUGUGCAUUUUGUUGGAUUGUUAUAUUUUACCCAGUUUUUCAUUCAUUCGGAUCCAAUGAACUACGGUUGAAUCUUCUCUUCAGGAUAUAUCUGUCUACUCCCGUGAUAAUUGUAAGCAAUAUUAAUGAAAAACUAAGGCAAUUGAAGUCGGGCUUUUUGUGCAGAUUAUUUUACGCACAUGCCUAAUUUUUUAGCAAGAAUAUUUGUGUAAUCAGUCAAAAACAUGCUGUCAAAUUAAUUUUAAUUAAAGAGCGAGACAAUUAUUGCCGAGUUUUAUCGAGUUGUUAAAAUAACACAUUUGCAAUUUCGAUCGUUCGUCGAAUUUUAUAGCUGACAUCUGUGAAUAUUAAGCCCACAAAAAUGUUUGUAAAUCACUAAGUAUAUUAAUUAUUACUUUAAUGAUUUACUAAAGAUGAGUUAACCUCCUAGAGACUUCUGGCUCAAUGAAGUUGAUGGAUUAUUUAUUGAACAAAUAUAAAAAUAUUCCUUGACCUUGAUGUAAACUCAAGAACCCGACCACAUUCAUAUGUAUGAAUUUUUACAAAUGUAAAUUAUACCGACUGGCUAUUGCUAAGUCCUUAAUAUUAUUAAUAAUUGCAUUCGUUUGUUGUUUUGAUCAAUCAAGACGAUGACACUAGAUGUUAGACAACGAUUGCAUGGUUGCGUGAAUCUCUUCUUGUUAAUAGGCCUUACUUAACCCAGAGACGUGAUCCAGAGUGAUUGCCGAGCCAAAAUGAAUCGUAUCUGAGGGUGGCUGCCGCACCAAUAUGUUGAUGCUUUUCUCCAAACCACUCUGUCGCAAAUUCGUGCUUUAACAAUGUUUUUAUAUAUUAAUUUGAUAGGUAUUUCUUCAUUUUAUCCGGUUUUAGGUGAUAUUACACCUCAUAAAUAUGAAUUCAUUGUUUUAAAUUGUGCCGUAUAAUACAAUUUCAUUUCAUUUUAACUGCUAAAUAAUAUUGAUAAUCUAAAGAUGUGUAGCUGUCUAAUGCUGUAUAUUCUGUAUAUAUUAUUGAAGGCAUUACGCGUGAUGAUGUGAUGCGUCGUUAGCAGCCAUUGUUCCCUCUAACAUUUGAAUGAUUCUCGCCGCCUAUGCCAGACAAGUCUCAUGACAAGUUGUUGUUGAAAUUAAUAUUAAAUUUUUGCCAUCGUUAUCAUAUUUCUUAAAAGU